AAUCCGCCUUCGCCCGUCGCGACUCGCAACUGACCAUCCGAACUCCAUCCAUCCAUCACUCGGCAGCCUCGUGCGGUUCCACCGCACUUCGCAGCGCAAGGGCGCUCGCGUCGCGUCCCACCGACAUGUGGGCCCUUAACAACCUCAAGGCCGGCGGGCCCUGCCUCACGCCGAGCCGCCCCGCGCCGCCUUCACUCGCGUCGCCGGCGACGGGGCGGAGGCUCUGGAGGUGCGGUCCCGUGCGGGCGCCGCUGGUCGCGGUGCGCGCGUCGGGGGGCAGGAGGGCGGAAGGCGACGGCGAGGAAGCAGAGAGCAUGGCAUCGUAUUCCGGAAGUGGUGCUGCUGAUGCAUCUACCCCAGCAGGAGAUAGCUCCUCUGAUGGACUGAACCAACCGCAUGAUGAAGCUAAAUCCAGUGAGCCGAUUAAUAUUUCUAACAGCAAUUACUGGCGGGAUGUCAGGGCAAACCUUGUGCGUCGGGAACAGGAACUAUUGCUUGAUCCAAGUGCUCCCACAGAGUCAAAGACAUCCCCAGGAAAUUCAGCACAUCAGCUUCCUUAUAAAUGGGCUCACGCUAUUACAAUGCCGGAGGCAGGGUGUGUCUUGGUUGCUACUGAGGCGCUUGAUGAUGAUAGUAUCUUUGAAAGAACUGUCAUCUUCCUCCUCAGACUUGGGUCAAGAGGUACCUUUGAUGGCCCGUUCGGAGUCAUCCUGAACCGGCCACUAUAUACAAAGAUCAAGCAUGUGAAUCCAGCCUUCCAAGACCAGGCAACCCCUUUCGGUGAUUCCUCCCUCUUCUUUGGAGGCCCUGUUGACAUGAGCAUGUUCUUGGUUAGGACUGAUGAGCAAAACAGCUCACGUGUCAAGGGGUUUGAGGAGGUGAUACCAGGCAUCUGCUAUGGCUUCCGGACUGACCUGGAAAAGGCUGCUAUUCUGAUGAAGAGUGGCGCGAUCAGGACCCAGGACCUGAGGUUCUUCGUCGGGCAUGCAGCUUGGGACUAUGAGCAGCUGUUAGGAGAGAUCAGGGCGGGAUAUUGGGCUGUCGCUUCCUGCAGCACAGAGCUGAUCAGUGAUGCGUUGACAGGCGAUCCUUCUUGCCUCUGGACCGAGACAUUGCAGCUGAUGGGAGGGCAGUACUCGGAGCUCAGCCAGAAACCAAAGCAAGACAGCUCAUAGAUGUUUGCUCAUUUGCGACAUAAUUCGCAACAACUAAGGUUGCAGUCAAGUCUGUACAUAAUUGGAAUAGGGUAAUUCACCUGUUACUCUAGCUUCAUGUAGCAACUGUUGUGCUUUGUUCGUACUGAAAUAAGAUCUAUAUAAUGGCCGUUCCUUGUA